CCAUUUUCAGCAUAAUUUAUACACGAGACACAAUGAAUUGGACCGAGGGUAACCUGGCUCGCCAUUCACAUGGCAGAGCCAAAAACGGGGUCCUAAUGCGCCAGAAACAGCAUUUUGCAAAGGCGCGCAACAACCUACUGAGUGGCAUCAAGCGCAGCCCGAUCAUGACAUCAUCCUUCAACAUAGAGUUAUCAAGACGACCUGAGAAGUCCCGAAAAUCUGCAGGUUCUCAGUGCAAUAGCCAUUCUUGGUGGAUACACUCACCCGAACGAGAGCAACGGCAGGCAGCAAGUACGAAAGCACAACCUCGUCUUGAGGAUCAACAACAUCACCGAUCAAGAGGUGAACUUCCAACCCAAAACGAGAUUUUAGGCAAAAAAAGGAAGACACCAGCGGUAGAUACGCCCAGUAGGAUCGACAUCGACGUGAAAAGGCGGAAGCUCCUCAGCAAGCCAGAUUGGGCUGGCUUGACCAUGCCGCAACCAGUUGAUAUGCUCUUCUCGAAACCACCACAGGAGGCGAAUAAUAGGCGAUGGGGAAAGGUUGACCAGUCGCGUUUAAGAAAAACUAGAGGAAAUCGCCACUUCACGGCUGAUAUCCGAGCAGAAGUGUUCUCCCCUGUGCAACACAGUUCGAAAUCCAGGGCCCGACAGCCGAAGCAGUCUCCUAUCAAGAUUCAGAUUGAAAGACAGGAGACCUAUGGCAGUAGCACAAGUUCCAAUACGCAAAUGACGCGCAGGAGAUUCAGCUUGGUUCCCCCCAUGAAUAGGUCACCUUCGCGCCAUGACAUAAGAAGACGGGGUGAGCCAAUUCAGAAGAAGGCUGCACAAGCGAAGGUACCACACCAGAGAAGUCGACGGUACGGUUCUAUUUCGGGUUCCUGCUCGAGUUCGGAAUAUGACCCACAGUUUUCUGGAGCUGAUGUUCCGGCUCACGUUGUUUACUCAUCGUCUGAGAUCCAUGAACCUUCCCCACGUCGACUGGAGGACUAUAUGGUGCUUCGAUGGUCCCCGUCCAGGUCGGGUAGCACGAACAGUCUCCAAGCCCAAGUCGGUCGCGGGCCACCGCAGCCUUCAGCCUCUCCAAUUGUCGAAAACAAUAAGUGGCUAGCUUUGUUAUCUUCCUCGGAUAACGGAAUCAGCCCAUUGAUGAGAGGUUCUUCUCUCUGUCGCAGCGACCUCCCACAACCCAUAAGCCCCGGUUUAAGCACCAUUGAGUAUCAUUUUGACAUGGCGCCUAUGGAUGAGGAUUUAUAUUCAUCAAAAACGUCAGAUGCUGCCCAGUUUUCAACCAGAUCAUCCAAGCAAUGUGCUGAGGUCCAGUCAAUGCCUUCAACUAAAAAAGGCCCUGACCAUUCAAUGAUUGCGAUGCAUGGUUCAGUUUCUCCGGAACUUAUAUACCAGGAUGGGUUGUCUUCAAGUCGGAAAGCUGAUCCUAGCCCCGGUAUGUUCGCGAAUGAUGACUCAGACUCUCUACGAUCCUCACCGGAGCUACUUGAAGAGCCCUUCUCGGACCAGCAUCAAACAGUGCUUAAAGGGUAUGGCACUGUUCCGACUCAGAUCAAAGCCGAUGCUGCAAAACACUCGCAAGCCUUGGUUGAGUCAACUAAACACUGUAUACAAGCUCAUUCAUUGGUUUCCAAGAUGGAUUGCCACAACAUGGACUGGAAUGUUUUGAUUGGGAUAACCAAGAGUCUGGAGCCCCCUAUUGUGGUGAAAUCCGCGACUCGAACUGCAAAGGAUGUUAAUGAGGCAUGGAUGAAAUUCAUUUUCGACAUGGAUAAUGACGAGAUGGAGGAAAUCAAGUCGCAAGCUGUCCAUCAAGCUGCGCAAGAACUCCGACCUUCAAUGAUUCCUGUAGUUGCCUCUCUCGAAGAAUCUAGUGCCGAAUCGGUCGAGUUCUCAAUGACCACGGCUUCGGGCGGGACCUCCACUUGGUCGCCCGUGGAGCAUUGCACUAUGGGCACCGUCCGCACCUCAUCAAGCCAACGUCUUGAUGAAGAUGAUGACAUGACUUAUUUGGCCCCAAGCGCAAGCAACGCCGCUACACAUGGCUCGGUGUCAUCUUCAACAGUACCACAAAGGCAACGCUCUCGCGCGAAGACCAUCUCUGCACCAGCUACUGAACAAGUCGAGGUGACAGUUGGGAGUGUCACCGACACGACUUCGUCCCCUGAAAGUACAAAUAAGAUGUCCAUAGCAAUUUCCUCUGAUCCUGAAACAAUCGACACGGGCGCAGCGACGGUGGCUAGCUCGGAUGCAACAGACGAUAUCCACUCAGACUCUCGCAUUACAAUGCCUCAAACUUUUGAUAGGAAACUAGAAGAACUUGGCAAAAAGCGAACGGGGAUGCUACUACCGCCGGCAAAAAUAAAAUCAAGAGGCGAUAGUGGCAGAGGACGUCGAAGGAAGAAGGCACUCGCUGGGAGGACCGCUAUCAGCAGUUUGCCGAGUUUUGACGGGGAUCUAAUUGAAGAUAUUGUCGAUGAUUAG